AAACACCUAUCCGUUAUCUUUUUCUGUUCUGUGAUUGGCUAAGCCUGUCAAGGGCGGUGACGGCAGUCUGCGGUCAGUGAAGAGCGCAGGGCGGAUCAGCGCGAGGCCGCAACGCUGACACACGCGCGAAAACUCUCACAACUCAACGAAAACGUAAGAAUCAUGGCAGAUCUGAGUUUGACAGACGCUCUGAACGACAGCGUUCCUGAUGUGGAGAACGUGGUGGAAAGAGAUUUUGUGGCCACUCUGGAGGCGGAGAGUUUUGAUGAUCAGGUCGGUGAGAUGGUGGGCAAGACGGAUUACAUCCCACUAUUAGACAAUGAUGGGAAGGAUCCCAGUACAGUAGCAGAGAACAGAGAUCAGAAAGAUCAAGGGGCUCAGAACCCUGAUGCAGUAAAUCCAGCAGACGCAUCAGGACUGAUUUCAACAUCGUGGCCAGAGAUGCAGGUGGACGUAAAACCACAUCAGACUGACCAGCAGGUCUUUGGGACUGAUUUAAUAACAGAUUUCUCUGAGCCCGGCGUGAUGUCAGCACUGAACACAGGUGAGAGUCCUGCUCCUCUACAGACAGAAAGACCAUCUGAACCUCAAGAGUCACCAGCAAUCCAGGCAACUGAAGCCCCCAAAAUACCUGAUGAACUCCUGAUAGCCAUCACACCCAAGAGCCCACUGGACACAUCUGCAGGUAUCUUUGGUGAGCGCUGGUCUAAUGAGGCCGGCAUCCCAUCUGAUCUGCCCUUCACACCCAGCGUUUCCACGGUUAUCAGUCACCAUGCCAGUCACCUGGCUGAAAGUUCACAUGAUAAGCUCGAUUCUCAUUGGUCCCCCAAAGAAAGUGGAGCUGGAGAUGGUGAUGAGAGAGAAGGUGAAGGAUCUGACCGUAAAAAAGACAAGAGAAAGAAGAAAAGAAGACCCAGGGAUGAGGUGUUUGACUUUCACACAGAAAUACAAAAUGAAAGUCCUUUAUCUGACAGCCCACAUCAUUCGUCCCCACGCAAGGAACGGGACAGAGAUGCAGGCUGGGAGGACGCCGGUCGAGUUGGUGGUAGAGUCAAGAAGCCCAAAAGUCGAAAGAAGAUUCCAGAGGAAUGGGCGAUCCACGCAGAGCCAUUUGUCCCUGCUUCCAUGUCAAAAGAGUUUGGAAGUGAUUUUACCCCUCCACUUGGAGAUGAUAGUGGUUUAAUAUCGCUCUCUGAAGAUUACACUGAUGAGAGCCUCAUUCCUCUGUCUCUUACACAAGAUCUUCUUUCCCUCACGGCCACUACCCCACCGUCCACACUGCCACUUCAACCUAAAGUGUCAUCCCCAAAGUCUCCAGAUCAGACUUCAAGUCUCUCUCCACAGCUUCCCUUGUCCAUGUCAUCUGGCUUCCAUGAUAUCAUGAUGGAAACAGACAACACCUUCUUGGAUAAUCCACCUGAUGCUUUUGAGUUGCCGUCACCGCUGGGCAAAGCUGGUUCCCCUGCUUGCCGCAUCAAUGAAAGUCAAUCUUUCAUGUCUGUUGGUGGAACCUUUGAGGAGGCCAUGUUUGAACAAGAACAACCCUACACUGCUUCAGUCACAGAUACCCAAGUAACAGUUGAGUCCCCAGGGAAGGAACCACAGAUGUCCACCCCUGGAAGCACUUGUUUUGUACCACCUAUGGAGGCACUGAUCUCUGCACCACCAUUUUCACCGUCUGGGCCUGCUUGGUCUCUAAAUAAUCACAGUCAGCCCUUUGAUCUUGCUGGGAUUGAAGGUGUGCCCUUUGAGUCUCCAGCACCGCUACUUUCACCAAAGAACAAAACCCCAAAAGACUCCAAAGCCAAACAAGGGAAGAAGUCCCGUUCAUCCUCAUCAAAGAGUCCCACCACUCCCGACGCUAAGUUGCCCUCUCCUCAGAAUUCUGGUCUGAAUCCGUCUGCACCGCCGUUUUUCCCCAGUUUUGCUGAGCCUCGGGAACACAUUACGGGAAUGCCCGUUACUUAUGAAGGAAACUCUGAGAAAAACAAGCCAGAAGAGAACAAAAUGGACAACAUCCAGAAAUCUGACAACUUUGAUGUUUUCAACAAGAUGGACAAAGAUCAGCAAAUGAUUGAGGAGAAAGUCAAAACUGAGCCCACAGACAAACAGAUGGCCAAAAACACAGAAACAACCACACCUGAUAAAACACCUGAGAAAAUGGACAUCAGUGAAGUAGUUGGCAAGGUAGAAACCCCAGUGAAGGUUGAAGUGAUCGAGAAAGUAGAUCAUUUAGAAAAAACUGUACCACAAGACGUGUUUGAGAAAGAUGAUACGGUUAAGAAAACAGAAGAUAAGAAAGAGACAACAGAGAAGGUUGAAUCCUCCCCAAAGAUGGACAAAGAGAAAGUAGAUCAGGUAGAAAAAGCCGAAGUGAAAACAGAGAAAGUCAAAGCCGAUGAGAUCAAAGCUGAGCAUGACACGGCAGAAGAUAAAAAGCUGGAUCUGAGACUAGAAAAUGACAAAGUUGAACCGAAGACAGAUGAUAAAACUGAGAAAAAGACAGAAAAGAUUGAGUCCGCUGAUAAGAAACCUGCCAAAGCUGAAAAGGACGAGAAAAGUGAGAAAGUCAAAAAGCCAGCUGCUAAACCCUCUGCGGGCAAACCUGCAGUAACUAAUGGUGUACCUGGAAAAGACUUGACCAGUCCUGACAAGAAGACCAAGCCUGUCGCAGGGGCAACCAAACUUAGCUCCUUGAAGCCCCGGCCAAGCUCCGCCUCCACCGCUGCAACUGCCCCCAAGCGUCCAACCCCUACCUCAUCCACCAGUGCACCUGCCCCCCUCAGCAAAAAAGCCCCAGUGCUCAAAGCACCCACCCCAGCCGCUGGCACCAAACGGCCAGCCACAACAUCCACCCGACCCAGCACAAAUACAAAUGCUGCCGCACCCGGUGCAGUGACCAGAGAGGUCAAACCCAAGACGGCCACAGAGAAACGCCCAUCUGUGCCAAAGGUCACGUCUGCACCUGCGUCUGCGCGGCCCACCGCCCCUAAAAACGAUUCAUCAGCAACAACAGAAAACAAACCUGCAACCACAACACGCACAGCAACCACAACACGCCUGACAUCCAGCGCGUCUGCAACCCGACGUCCGGUCACAAAGACUGACAGCAAACCAGAAGAGAAGAAACCAGCCACACUUAAAACUGCAGAUGCUGCUCGUCCUAAAACGACACCACUCAAAACAUCCACCACUACAAGCAUCGCCAGCACUCGCCCUCGCCCCACAAAAACAUCCACCACCACCAGCAGCACCACAGCAGCCGCUGCACCCGAGAAGAAGCCGCCUGUAUCCCGCGCCCCACGACCCAACUCAACAACCACCAGUACUGCAGCUCGCCCCGCUCCCCGCGUCAGCUCCGCCACUGGACCGGAUAUUAAAAACAUCCGCUCCAAGAUCGGCUCCACGGACAACAUGAAACACCAGCCUGGAGGAGGAAAGGUCACAGUUUCUCAGAACCUUCAGGGCUCCAAAGACAACAGCCAGGCCAAAGUUCACAUAGUCUCCAAAAAAGUGGACUACAGUCACGUCACGUCUCGCUUGGGCUCCAAGGACAAUAUGAAACAUGUUCCUGGUGGAGGGAACGUCCAGAUUCUCAGCAAGAAGGUUGAUGUUAGUAAAAUAACCUCAAAGUGUGGCUCCAAAUCCAACAUGAAACAUAAACCAGGUGGAGGCGAUGUAAAGAUUGAGAGUCAUAAGGUGAAUUUUAAAGACAAAGCUCAGUCCAAAGUCGGCUCAAUGGAUAAUGUCAGUCAUGAGCCUGGUGGAGGUAAAGUCAAGGCUGAGGGGGCUCAGGAGACAGCUGAGGGUAGUGUGGCUCCCUCUAGUGGUGUCUCGCCCACCCAGCCGACAGACGGUUCUGCCCAGGAGAAUGGGCUGAAGGAGGGCAAUGCCUGCAGGAGUGAGGAGCUCCGGGACCCCCAGGGUCUGGACUCGCUCAUCCCUGAAACAAGCAUCUAACUCUGAUGUUUGCCAUCACUUUAUCCUUUCCAUUUCAACCCCCCAUCGCCUCCUCUCCUCCCAUUUUUUAUGUCCUGUGUUCUUCUGUCCUGCCUUUCCUCACACUCUCUGAUGCAGAUUGAGUCAUUCAAGCUAAAUUUCCGCGAGACAGCCCGCGCUCGCACGGACCACGGCGCAGACAUCAUCGCCUGGCCCAUCUCGGGUGACAGCCCCGCCCACUCCCACCUGUUACGCAACAGCGUCUCGCUCAACGACUCCCUCGCGACCGCCGGCCUCCCUCGAUCUCACACCACCCCGGCCCAUCUCUCCUCCCAGGAACAAGGAGGCAACGUUGGCUCGCUCACCGGACUCCAGACGUGAUUUUUUUCUUACCGUUUAUCUGUUGCUCUCGAAACCCCACCUCCAACCAUUGCUAUGACUCAUUUGAUUGGUUGUGCUUGUUGUCGAUGUUUUUUUACCCUGAUAGAGCACAAACAUCAGACUGCAUGAGAAAUGAUCACAUUGAAGAGUUUCUCCAGGACCGUGUGUACUCUGAUGGUGAAGGUCUGGAUGAAGUUUGGUCUUUAAAAAAGCCUGCUAAACACAUGCUAGUCAAACCUAACAAUCACACUAACUGUCUCAUCAUACUGUAUGUUGUAAAGCAUGAAGUCUCAUUUUAGGAUUUUGUAGCUAACAUGAACAUGUGCCCAUCUGAUCACAACAAACAACCCCUCCCAAAAAAAACAUCUUGAUCCAUCUGAACAUCAUCUCAUGCUGCUUUCAAGUCACCCUGGGAAGGUCCUUGCUAUGAAUUUGUACAAUUUUGGGCUGUAAAACAUAACAUUUUAUUCUUUUACACUCUUCACUUUGAGACUAACAUGAAGAUUUUUGGCUCUGAUGUCACAAUAUGAGGAACUAACUAAAUAAUGGGUGUUUAAUUGGUAGGGCUGUCAAAAGAUGAAUCACGAUUAAUCGCAUACAAAAUAAAAGUUUUUGUUUGCAUAAUAUAUGUGUGGGUGUUAUAAGUGUGUGUGUGUAAAUGUUUCUUAAAUGCAUGUAUGUGUGUUUGUGUAUUUAUAUAUACCAAAUAAUUACACACAGUGCACACACAUAAAUUAUGCAAAAACAAACUUUUAUUUUGUAUGCAUGAUUUAAUCACGAUUAACCUUUUAAUUGAUGCUUUUAUUUGAUUAUUUUUUGUGCAGAAAAUAGUGUAGCACAAAGCAUGAUGGGAAAUGAAGUUUGUGGGUUUUUAAUGUGGCUAAAUGAGUGGAUUUUUGUUUAAUUCCCAAUCCAGUAGUACACUGGACAUUAGUCAAAGUCUGGAAUAUUAUUUUAAAUAACUCUGAAUGUGUUUGGCUGAAAGAGAAAAAGUCAUAUACACCUAGAAUGGCUUGAGGAUGAGUAAAAUAUGGUCUCAUUUUUAUUCCUUUGAAGAAGAUCCUGAUUUUCCCAUUGGUUAUAAUGAUUGUAAUUCCGACAUGACUUGAAGGCAGCAUCAUUCAGCAUACCGGGGCUGUCGUGUGAUCCUGACGCGACCUCUCAUUUGACCUUCAGUACAGUUAAACACAUAGGCUAUGUGAAUCGCUGUGUUUUUGUGAUCGUGUGAAUAUUGUAGAAUUGUUUUUAUCGGAUUUAUUUUUGUGAUUGGUGGUUUAUCCUUAUUAUUGUAAAGCAAUAUAAAAGACAUUCAACUCCAUAUACACUUACAGUACACUAAGCUCCAGACAGGUUUGUGAAAGUGAAGAGGGUCUGCGGGCAUGAAAUGGUUGGCACUUAAACUAAAAGCACUUGAAUUGUUGAAGCAAAGCUGUAGCAUAUACAGUUUAUUGAAGACGGGUUGGUUUAAUGGAUGUGAUGUUUGGGUAUCUGUAUGGAUACAGUAAGUAGGGGAGGGAAGCACAGGUUUAUUACUGGAACAUUUGGCUAUGAAUGCUUUUGGAAAGACACAAGACAGAAUGUCAUGGAUUGUAAACUUUUACCUACUUUAAGUAAAAGAGUCAGUUUUGAGUUCGGUGGUUAUAAUGAUAGGAUGAUGAUAUUGCAUUAGGUCUUAUUUAAAAGUACAAGCUUUUAGUGAUCUCAUAUGUUAAAAAGGUCCUGCGAGAUUUUGACAGUGGAGCGUUUCUUGUAGCUUAUCUUUCUUGUAGCAUCUUCUGUAAUAGAUAAUCUCCAAAUAUCUGAGUUUUUUUAUGGUCGGUUUAGGAGCAUCAGUGUGGAAAUCAUGUGAGCUUGACAUGAGCGGUUUGGUUUGGUGUAAUAAUGAGACAUAAACACAUGCGGUUACUUUAUUCAUGUUUUUAUCAUCUGUGGUCAGUGUGGAUGGAGGGAUGUUUUUAGCGGGCUUGAUGUUUUGUUUUAUACGUUAUUCUGACCUGAUUUCUUACAGCCCUGAACAUGCAAAGCAAUAAGACCCCAUUUUAGGAAUCUACAUUUUUGCCCCCCUUCAAAAAAAUAGUCUGAAAGUGAUCAAACAUGUUGAUGAACGCGUUACUGUUGUUGUAACUCAUUUUAAUGGGGCUUUUUUAAUGAAGAAUGGAAAUACGGUUGUGGUAUUAAAAGUUGGCAGCAGCCUCCUGUUCACAUUUAAUAAUAAUAAUUAUUCACCUGUCAAAUAUAUAAUUGUUAGUUCAUUAUUCUUAUAAUUGUUAUUCUAAUUAAUUUUGGGCAAUAAUUAAAAUUAUUUAUCUUUUUUGGAAAAAAUAAAGGGUGUGUAAAUAUUUGCAUUUGAUCUGUGUUGUGCAGCUUUUGAAUAUUAUGAAUUUGCUUUAAGGCUUCUCUUUGAUUUUAAGUACGGUUAAUAAAGUUUCUCAAUGGCUUGUAGUGAAAUGAUCACAUUCAGUUUCCUGUGCCUGAAUUCAGCUCAUAUAAUAAUCACAGCGUAACUUAUUUUUUUCUUUUUCAAAUAUUUACGGUUGUUUUCUUUCCCCAUUCUAAGCAAGCUGUUAUAUGUAAAUACAUAUUGACAUCUAAUGCACUCGAUAUUGCCACAGGAGUGAAAGCAACGGUAAAUAAGACAUAUUUAAAGAUGAACAAAAGUGAGUUCUUUAUAUGAUGUAUCUUUAAUGCUUGUUAUUCAAAUUAAUCAUCAUUAUUGUUGUCAUUGUGGCCCUGUAAAACAAACAAACGAACAAAUGGGUUUGAGAUACAAUAAAGAUGCAAAACACUUGUAAUUGAGUCCUCUGACUGCUGCGUCAUUAAUGUUUCGAUUGUGGAUGAUGCCAGGUGGGUCAAAUGUCUUCUAUUAAUCAGAUUGAUUCUAACAUACUUUAGCCCCUUAAAUUUUACAAUACCAGUCUUACAGUUCAUUAUAAUGCUGUUGAAACUGAAACCAGGUUUGGGUGGGGAUGCAAUGAAUAUGUUGCACUGAUUUUACUGUGGCAUGAAGGACCAGGGCAUCCUAUCAAAGCAGGCAGUGAGAGGAGAGGUCCAAUCAUUCUUCUCAUUAUUAAUAUUAUAUUUUGUUUCAUAACUUUCAUGUCUGUGUGUAAUCUGGAAGAGAUGUUGGCCUAUAGAUUAUAUAGAUGUACAACCCUAAAAUAACAUGAAAACUAAGAAACACAGCAUUCUUGUGCAGUAAUCCGUUGGGUUUCUUGUGAUGCAGUCAAGUAGAUCUGCUGACUAUGACGCAUUGAGAAAAUAUAAAGAAACCAGAUAUUGUUAAGUUUCUUGAUUGUUUGUUUUCUUUUAUUUCUGAGUUAUUUUUGUUAAAAAACAAAUUUCAUUAUAUUUUUGGUUUGAAUGAGGUGUUUACUGUGGUUAACUGUUAACUAUGAUGUGAUUAUUAAACAUUAAAUGAAAUAAAGUGUUUAAAUCAUUA